AUGUCAUGUUUUAAUAAGGUAUGUAUGUAAUAUUCAAUUUUAGGUAUUGACUUAUUUAAAAACUAUCAUUUUUAAUAAUCAUUUGACGUUUUCGAAAAUCUUUUAAAAGUUGAAAAAUCUAAUUAAUAAGCUCUUUAUUGGAAAAGUAUUUCUCAAAGUCAUAAAAUUAAUAGUACAAUGCUUAAUGCAUAUGAAAAAAUAUCAUGAUGUUUUUGAAGAAUGUGAUAGAAUUAUUAAAGAUGAUUCCUAAUUUUAUGAAAUAUCUUUAAAAGAAAGUAAUAGAAUUAAUAAUUCUAAGUUGAAACCUUAAUAAAACACCAAAGGUUUGAUUAAGCUAUUGAAAUUAUUGAAAAAGAAUAUCCUAGAGAAGUAUUUUCAUUAUUUUAAUAACAUAUUCACUUGUUUAACUAUGAAAACAUGAACCUACAAGAUUCAUUAAAUAUAAAGAAAAUCAUUAAUAUUACUAAUUAAAUAAUUCUUGAAAAUCUAAGUAAAAGUAAGUAAUCAUUAUUCAAUUUAUUUGAGGUACUUUCUGAUUCUUAGAUCUCAUUGAUUAAAGAAAUAAAUUAGACUUAAUAUAAGAAUGAACUCAAUGAUUUACCUGAUAAUAAGAAAGAAUAAACAUCAAAUGAAAUAAUUGAAUAAACAUAAUUUGAAACUACUCUUAAUUCUACUUUAGAAUAAGAUAAUUAAGUUAAUUUUAAUUAUUAAUUUGGCAAAUUUAUAGGAGUAAUUUAUUAGAUAUACAUUGAAAGAUACCACUAGAAGAUUUAUAAUCUUAUUAAAAACUAAACUUAUAAGAUAAAAAAUCCCCUUAUGAAGAAUUUCUAAAUGCUCAUCUCUACCAAGGUGAUAUUCUAAUUAAGUCAGAAAAUUAUAAAGAAGCUAUUAAACUCUUUGAUAAAAUUAUUGAAAGAGAUUCUAAUAAUUGGAUUGCCCAUAAAAAUAAAGGUAAAAAAUACAAUUAAUAUUAGCUUAAUGUUUAAAUCUUUUAGAGCUUCAUGAAGAAGCCAUUCAGUUUUCCAACUUAGCUAUCUAAAUUGAUUCUUAACGUUUUGGAUCAUAUCUUAUAAGGGGUAUCAAUAUGAAUUCAUUCAAGGAAGUAGUCAACUCAAAUUGAAUAGAUAUGAAGAAGCUAUAGAAUCAUUCUAAACUGUUAUAAAUUUAGAUAAAACUUAGCAUAAAGCUUAUGCCUUAAAUGGUAAAUAAUAAUUAAGUAAAAUAGGAGUUGCUUUACAUAAUCUAGGAAGAUUUCAAGAGGCUAUAACAUAAUUUGAUAUCGCUCUAUUCAUAUUUUAAGAUGUGUAAUAUCUAAUAAAAAAAGGUAUAUUAUUUAAAUAAUCUUAGCUGAUUCAUUAUUUGAAAUAUAGAAAUAUUCAGAGGCGAUUACCGCGUAUGAAGAUGCAUUACUUGCAGGAACAACAGAUACUGAUUACAUUUAUGAGAAAUUAAAAUCCAUAUAAAUUAAUUGA